GCUGUGCCUUCUAAUUACUAUAGCUAUUAGAUAUUGCCUUUUCUUGCUUGUGUGACCUUAAAGCUGUUGUCGUAUUGAGAUAAGGACCAAACAGCAUAUGGCAAUCAAUACUGACUUUUCAAGAUAUUUGGGCAUCAACUGGACCUUGACUCUGAUAUGGUGCUUCUUCUAUACUUUCUUGCAAGCAGAAACACACAGGAUCUCACAGACAGCUGGAAGCACAGUCACCCUGAACUGUAGCAAUGACUCAAUUAGCAGCUUCACUCAACUGGCAUGGAAAAUGAAUGGGGAUAAUCUGUUCAUUAUCAGGUCAGAUGGAACCUCAAACAGCAGUUGUGUAACCUUAAAGAACAGCUCAAAGGUCCCAGAGGCCAGCUGUGUAAGGUCCCCUAUAGCUGAGAACCUGAAACUGAAUGUGUCCAUGUUAAAGAGCCAACUAUAUGCAUUAACCAUAAUGAGAGCCCAGAAGUUGCACACGGGAAACUACACUUGUGAAAUCUCCGCAUUAAAGGGACUCAGGGAACAGAACUGGGAGCUCGUAAUUACAGAGGAUGCUGAAGCAGGAAAUCAAUUGAAAAUCCCACUUGUCGUAGCCAUUAUUGUACCUUGUACAUGUUUCCUGAUCUUUCUAAUUACUAUUGUGAUCAUUCUGAGAAAAGUCUGCAAACGACGUUCACGCUCUCGUUCUCCCGCUUCAAUAAUGGAGCAGAAAGAAGAUAUUUAUGAAAACUGCCUGGAACUUGAAAAUCGCCGACGUAGCCAAAUUCAGGUCAACACACAGAAACAGAGUGAGCCACAAAAUGACCACCAGCAGGGAAGAAGAAGCGAUGAAGACAGGCCACAAGAAAGCAGAAAUACAAAUCGAGGCAACCAUGGUGUUAUGUAUAAGGAUGGUGAUAACGAUUUCUCCUGAAAGAAAGGGGGAGACACAGCACAGGUUUAAGAGAGAAAGAACAAUAUCACACCUGUGAAGGAUACCAAGGAGGGAUGUGAGGCUUUCAGCUGAAUUAUGGAUUCACACCUUAACAGGUGUAAAAGGAGGGAUUUGUUAGAAUUCAUUUUUUAUCUUUAAUAUAUGUAUUCCUCAUUAUUUUAUAUUUCACAAAUACCUCAUAAUUUUAAUUACAC